UGUGACUGUGUGCAGUACUACUUGUUCUAGAAGCACAACUCCAUUCCGAGGAGGGAAACAAUGAUCAGAAGGAUCUGCAAAGAAAGCUUCGCAGUCAUCCACUUUUCUAUGGCAUAACAAUGGGGCUGCUAGCUGAGGUUAUAAAUUCUAGGCUUUUUACAACUGUCCGAGAUUCCCUUGGGUUAACAUAUGACGUAUCAUUUGAGCUGAACUUGUUUGAUCGACUUAAGCUUGGAUGGUAUGUGAUAUCUGUAACAUCAACUCCAAGCAAGGUAUAUAAAGCUGUUGAUGCUUGCAAGAAUGUUCUUAGAGGUUUACACACCAACAGGAUUUCUCCACGGUAAUUGGAGGGGGCAAAGCGGACUCUUUUAAUGAGACACGAAGC